GAUGCUCACCGGAGAUUUCCUGGACCAAAGCACCUUCAGGACUAUUGCGGCCACGUCCCGCGGAAGUUCAACCCCUUCCACGGCGGCCACAUCCUGGAGAAGUCGGCUUCGUUGCCAGCCAUUGCGACGAAGUCAACACAGAAGUCUUCAGCUGCCAGCACCAGCUUUGGUAUGUGGUACGGGCAUGUGGGCAGCUUUCCCAGCCCCGUCGACAACUGGGUCCCUGCUCAUUUCGUGGAAGGACAACACUACUAG